GCUGAAUCAACGUUGGCUCUGGACUUGGUACGCUUGGCUGAGUUCAUUGACAAGACAGGCAGAACAAGGACAACGUUCCCGCCUUGGGGCUAGGCUAGCUGCUUUGGCUUUGGUGCAAGACUUCCUUCAAGAAGGGCUUGAACUGUUGGAUCACUGCAGAUACUCGCUCCUGGAUCUUUACCGAAAUCUUGUGGAAAUGUUUUCCUGAAACUGAGCCAAACUUGACGGGCAUAGCUUGUGGAUUAUAACUACAGAUUGACUGGAUGGUUGGUUCUGCUUCCCCUAGCAUUUGAGGGAGGAGUUGCCAUGCAACUUACAGCUGAUUACGGGGUACUCUUCGUUUGUCUGUUUGUAAUCGUUUUGGCUUCGGGAGCUGCUUCGGAACGCAAGAGAGUCGUGCUUGAAUUGGAUCAUUUCACCUAUUCCACCGAAGUCCCGGCCACGGGGUCCGUAUCCAGCGGGUCAACGGGCCGCAGCAAGCUGUGGAGACUCAACGAUACCGGUGGCAAAGGGAGGGGUGGUGCUGCCACCACUCGGCACAAACCAAGAGAAGAUAUCAGGGAACCCACCGCGUACAGACACGAUUCCACCCACUGCAUGAACGGCGGCACGGGCUUCCUUCGAUCGUUCUGCUUCUGUAAAGCUGAGUACACCGGGCGGUACUGCGAGCACCGCGUGAACGGCAGCUGCGACGCCGUCAACCACGGCGACUGGGUGUACCGGAACUGCAGCUACUGCCUGUGCGUGGACGGCGUGUUUGAGUGCAGAAGACACGAGUUGGAAGGAUGCAGAGAGGAACCAGAAACACCCAAGCAUCACAACUAUCUUGAGGACAGUGUUGCCCUGGAGAUGCAUCCCCAUCGCAACGGAUGCAUUCCUCAGAGAUCGUCAAGUCUAGUACCUUUAAUGACCCUGGUGGUUCUGGUCCAUAGAAUACUCUGGCUACAAAACACCUCAGUUAGGUGACCUGUCCAUUUCUUCACGCUUCUGUUUGUAAAUAUUGUACAAGUAUGUAUAUUGUUUUUUAUGGUAAUCAGGAUUGAUAUUUUUGGGGUGAAUCAAAGUUAUCAGGGAAAGGUGUCAUUAAAAUUAUAUGCUCCCUUUCUGACUAAAUUUUUAAUUUCUGUAAAAGUUCAACAUUUUUAAUUUUGAUUAGCUGUUUUAUGUAUCGAUUCUUUUAUAGGCAUAAUAGGAUCAUUUGCUUUUCAUGUUUUUGUUUGUUUCCAAUAAUAACACCACUCAAGAUCCAAAGAAGAAUGUUCCAAACCUAACCUGGUCAAAUUUCAGCUCGCUGGAUAUUACACUUUUUGAGAAAACUAUGAAAAACAAUGCACAACCUUUUGAUCAUGAAACACGAUUUAAUCAAUAGAACUCAUUAUUUCCAACAAUUUUCUAAAUUGCUUGAUUUCUUCUAAAUGACAGCAAGCCAGACAGA